CGAGGAUCAGCACUGAAAAGCACCCAUCGCGGCGUGCUUGUUCACCAAGGCGUUCCGUUCACUAGCGACAUUGAACAUUGAGUACUUCUGUAGGAGGGCGCAGAGACUUCUCUGGGCUCUGGCUCAGGCCUGGAUCUGAAGCUCUUAUAUCCAGGCGAACACUUUAUUCCCGCAAUAAGGAGGGUAGCGGAAAUAUCGACGAAGCGCUACGGUUGCGACUGUCUGCAGAGCAAGGGCACCUGUAAAGGCAAAAGUUGUUGCAGGUUCCAUGAGCACAUCCGUGACACGCUCCGUAACUUGUUCAGCAUCAGUGUUGUGAAGACCUUUAGAGAAGAUAGAUAACUCCAUUCGGGCAGGUCCGGCUGCAAGCAGCCCAUUACAAGGACUUUGUGGAUUGGCAUCGGCAGCAGGCAGAUUAAUUGUGGUGUCGGGCGGAAAAUCUUCAUCGGAAUUCUGAGGGGAAAAUGGCGCAUCAGACUGCAGAUGACACUGGCCUCCAACAAGAACGGGUCCCUCACCCGAUCAUUCUGCCGGGAGCCCAGCAGACUUCAUUCUCAAAUAGUCAGCCCCGCCAGCCAAAAGCUCCCAAAAUCAGCUCUCAACUCCCUGAGAUCCCCCCCUACUCAUACACAGCAAAUCGGUUCCCCCCGCCGGCAGAUGCCCCAGCCAUGAUCCCCUCCAUUCCCCACCCCCCCCGGAGAACACUCCCCAAUUCCACCCCCCCGCAAGGCCAUAAAAGCCAGACCGAGCAGCGCCCACAAGCGUCAAACCGCCUGCAGUUCUCCGGUCGCCCUCACGCGCCAAAGCCCAUUCCUACGACCCAUCUGCCGCUUGGUGCGCACUUCCCAAGCCCGCUCCAAAACCCGCUCCUUUUGAACGCCCAGCUGUCGCCCGCGCAACUCCAUGCGCAGCGGCAGCAACUGAUCACAGCAUACAUGCUGCAAAGCGGAGGGGCGGCGGGGUUGGCUCAACCGGUUUUCUUCUCGGGGGGGGGUGUCCCCACGACGCAUCCCGCGCCGAACCCGCAAGCCCCAAUAGAGGGAUCCCCUGCGCCGAAGUACACGCAGAUGGAGGCAAUUGUUGCGGAGAUGCGGGAAAACAUGCUCAAGGUACUCAAGACCUCCAACUACAAGCGGUGCAAGUCUGCUAAGAAUAUCAGACAAGCGCUACGGCAAGUCCGGACGCUCUGCAAAGACAUACGGAACGAGACGACGGAAAUGGGGAAGCAGAAGGUGAAUCCGCGGAAGAAGGCCCCCACACCAGAGGGGGAGGAAGGGCCAUCAAAAAAGCAUAAGGGCUCGGAAGACAAGGACGCGAAGAACCCGGAAGAGGGCCUCAAAGGGGAUGCGGACGUCAAACAUCCGGAAGACGUUCUCGAAACGGAGGAAGCGGGAGCCGACGGCAAAGAAGUACGACGUCAGGAUGACGUUGGACCACGGGAGGAGGGGGCUUCUAGGGAGGGGGCUGCGGACGCCGCUGAAAGAAGCCCCCUGAAAAGCGACCGGACUGUGUCGGGGACUGAGCUACAGGGGCAGGGGAACACGGAGUCAGGACGCGUUUACAGAAGUGAAGACGAGUCGGAAAAAGAGGAGGUUAGUGACCAAGACUUGCCACCAGAAUAGCAAGGCGCCAGUUGAUCCGAUGGGGAGAAAUGAGGCAAUCUGGUUGGUCGAUUCUGUAUGGAGACAACCUGCACUCAGGCUGGCUUCACCGCCCUUUGAAGUCCAGCCAUUAGGCACCAGAUUGCAGAUCGUAGGUACUAUGGGGUCCGGUGCGAUGAUGUAACGCCUCAAGUCAGUGACACGAGUGAACUCCCACGCAAGAGCAACACUGCUACUUGUGGUCAAUGCAUGUAAGCACAUGCGCGUUGCAAUACAAAAGUACUUUGGAUUAGUACGGUGGCCGUAUAUGGCAG